AUGUUGGUUCUUAACAUGAAUUCUAAGAGGCAAAGGAGACCAAAUGUUAGAUUGUGGGAGGUUGGAGACCUACCUGCAGCUUUUACUUGCGGUGUUUCUCAGAGAAUUAAGCAAAGAAGGUGGAAAGAUGAUUCCAUAAGAAAUAAUGAGUUGGAGAAUAAUGGUAACUCUGGGUUUCCACAGCAGUUUCCCCACGAAUUUGGGUUCUUGGAAUUUGGCAUCCCUGCAGAGGUGCCAGCAGAUAACAGUGAAAACAAGAACCCAAAUUCUUUGAAAUUAGUUCCUGAAAUUUCUGGUCAGGAUGAAAUUAGUGGGAGUAAGGCUGAGCUUUGUUUUGGUAGCAUUACCAGGAAGUCUAGGCUGAUGAAGCGUCGCAGGAGAACCCCGGAUAGCCUUUUUCUCGAUCCUUGGGGAUCCAAAGUUCAUCUGGCGAGAAAUGUAGGCGACGAUUUUACAUUAAAGUGUGGCUUCGAUGAAUCUUCUGGGCGCGAAACUACAUGGACCAAUGAAGACGCUUGUGCGAUGGCGAUGGAGACUGCAGAACCCAAUUCCAGUGUGCAAAUGGUGCAGAGUUCAAAUGAACAUUGUGAUGAAGCAGAGAUCGCGUUUCCCUUAUCCACUGGUGAAGGUGACAAGGGAGAAACCCGAGAAGAAUAUACAAUAAAUGGCGUUGGGGAAUGGCUGGAGGAGGUCGGGUUUGGGAAGUAUGCUGAGUUGUUUGAAAUGCAUGAGGUGGAUGAAGAAACUUUACCUUUACUCACUCUUGAUGACCUCAAAGAAAUGGGAAUUUUUGCUGUUGGGGUUCGGCGCAAGUUGCUCAAUGCAAUCAAAAGGGCAAAGGGAAGGCAAUUCCAGAUAUCUGCUUGA